AAGCGGACAGUUUCCAUACCGGAUUUAUUGUGGGUGCAGCAUAAGUGCAGUGCUGUGCGACGAAGUAGUAUGAAACCUUACAGGAAGACAGUAAGUUAGAUUGAGAUAUCCAGGAUCACUCAAAACUAAAUGUCUUCAUAGCUCCAAUUCUUUGACUGUGUUACCAUCUCUUCAAAUACAGAUGCCAAGAUGACUGUCGAGUACCAUGCCUCUACAGCGACAAACAUGGACAUCGAGGACAGCAAAAUUGGCUACAAACAGUUUUUCAUGGAUGGCAGCAAGCUCCGCUAUUCAGUUUUUGCGUUGAGAAACAGCCCUUACAGGGUUGCCACGGUUUGCCUCGGGCUCCUGUGUGUUCUCCUGUUGGCUGGUGUCAUAGGUCAGAGCGUCCACUAUCAAAAAGUACAGCAAGACCAUCACAACAACAUGAAAGCCAUGAGUAAUGUGAACGAGAACCUACAGGAAAACCUGAAGUCAGCGCAGAAAGAGAAACAGAAUCUGGAAGCCAAUCGGAAUCUGCUACGGCAAAAUUUCGAAACUUUAUCUAGAAGGAAAGACCAAAUAGAGACAAAUAACAAUUUGCUGUCUGAUGAAAGUGACAAACUAAAGCUCAGCCAAAGCCAGUUACAGACCACCAAUGUUGCUUUAAACAAACAGAUUGAACAGCUCAGAGCCAGUAAAAACCUGUUGGAUACUAAUAGCAAUGUCUUGUCUGCAGCUAAAGACUUGUUACAAACACAGUAUAAUUCAAUGCUCAAACGCAAAAAUGAGUUACAGGUCAAUUAUGACUUGGUGACCAAGGAGAGGGACAAUUUACAGAACAAAUUCAACAAUGUAACCCGAUCCAGAGAGAGGCUACAGAUGAGUUACAAUGACUUGAUCAAGGACGUAGAACAUUUGCAGGACAGAUUCAACUUCUCCAGCAGUGAAAAAGACAAGCUAGCGGGCAGUCACCAGAACGUGACGGCAGAGAGAGACGCUCUGCAGGCCAAUUUGGACACACUUAAAAAGGCGGCAGACAAGUUGCGGGCCAGUUACGCGUCGUUGGCUCGGGAGAAAAAGGAGCUCGAAAGCGAUUGCAGCAAUGUGACGGCGGAGAGAGAACUGCUGACAGUGCAAGUCAACAACCUGACUGCCGAGAGAGACUAUCUCCAGGGUGAGGUGGGCAGAAUCAACAUCACCAUGCAAGCUAAAAAGUGUCCCGCUGGCUGGCAGAAGUUCGAGUACAGCUGCUACUACAGUUCAGCUGGCAAGAAAACCUGGAAGCAAAGCAGAGACUACUGUCAAAGCAAAGGAGCAGACCUGGCAAUCAUUAAAAGUCAAAGUGAAAUGAACUUCAUCAAUGGCUUGUAUGGAGCUGACCAAGAAGUCUGGAUUGGAUUGACUGACGAUGGGGUAGAAGGGCAGUGGAAAUGGGUGGACGGGACGCCACUGAACUUAACUUUCUGGGGCUCAGGCCAGCCCAACAGCUAUAACGGGAGGGAACAGGACUGUGUGGAGUUCUGGCACCGUGCCUCGGGGAAAGGCGAAUGGAAUGACGAGAACUGUAAAUUAGAGCAAAACUGGAUCUGUGAGAUGUAGUGUUCAGGGAGCCUGAACAGGUGUACAGAGCUUUGGUUUAUGCCCUGGCACUAAUGACCAUUAUGUAAUACCAGUGUAGCAUAUACUGCAUAUACUGUUUGCUAAGAAUCCUAUAUAUACCAUUUUACACGCACACUUACACAGCAUUAAAAUGUAAGGUUUUGCAGGGAUUGAUAUCAUCUGAAGUUGCUGUAGAUGUAGCAGACAGCUGGUCGAAGAAGGGCAGACACAGGUUGAUGUUAGUAGCUUGGAGCAAACUGUUUGGGUAAUUUGGAACCAGUUUGGUUAAAGGCUGGACUGAGAUUUCCACACAUAACUGUACUCACUGCACAAGCAAUUCUGUGUAAUAAGUAAUUUGUGUGUAUCUUAUGAUUUACUAUUUGCAAAAUGAUGCUUUAAAGAGAUGAUUUAUGAUUAGUACCGUUUUUGACUAAUUAAUGCAUUUGCUAUGAACUGUCCUCAUAAACUAUUAGUUUACUGACGUUGGCUAUUUUGUUCUGAAUCGUCAUUGCUUCACGUAUAACUAGUAGGGCAUCAAUACAUGCAUAACAUCUGGAAUAUUUCAGCAGUAAAUAUACUGUAUUACUGUAGUACUGCAUUAUUAAAAAUUCAUUGAGCUUUACUCAUGAAAAGCUACAUGUGACAAAAAACUUUGUGCCUACAAUUCAAAUUAAUUCCCUAAACUUAUUUUAUAUUCUAAAUGAACCCAUCUUAAAUAUUAAUUCAUGUAAACAAAUACAACCAACUGAUUGCUAGUAAAAUAGUUUGUAUAAUUGAGUCACAUUCUGAGUUCUGCAGCGUGUUCAAGAACCUCGGACGUUGCAGGGAAAGCUGUAGAUAUUAUACGCUUAAUCUUUUAAGGUUAUGUCAUCUUUCGAAAGUUGUUUAUAUGAUUUUGAGAAAACAAGAAUAUCACUAUAUGAAUCAAAAUGAAUAAAGAGAAUCCUAUUACA